AUGGAUUUGAGCGACAUAUUGUAUGAAGGAGUCGCGGCGGUCACGUACAGAUACGUCGAUCUCACCACAGGCAAUCGUCCGCAUCGCUACCAGGUGGGCCGGAUUAAGUAUGCCAAGCCCGUCCACACAUGGGAUCCGCUCACGGGGGGCCGAGCGGACUUCUCAACCCGUUUCUCGUUCACCAUCGACACUGACGGCUCUGCACAGUACAGCGAUGGCCUGGCCUUUUUCCUCGCUCCUGUCGGGACCCCAAUCCCGCCCAACUCGGCCGGUGGAUUCCUGGGAUUGUUCAACGCUAGCACGGCUAAUGAGGGGCCUCGGAACCGCAUCGUCAUGGUCGAGUUCGACACUUUUGUGAACCCGGAGUUCGAUCCCCCCAUGCAUCACAUAGGAAUCAAUAAGAACUGGCUCUCGUCCCUCGUUUCUAAGGCCUGGAAUCAUCAAUGA